AAAAAUUGCAUUUUUUCCGCUGGGAAAACCAUUCGUGGAGUAUUAAAUGGAUCCGUCCGCGUCCACCGGGGACGACCUGCUGGAUGUGCCAAAUGGCGAUCCGGCUAAAUUCUGUCGGCUGUGCUGUUCGGAGCUGGAUGUGGAGGAGCUGUUUCCGGACGGGCAGGGUAUUCGGCAGGAUGUGAUCGAUCGGAUUUACGGGUGCACCGGAAUUCGGAUUACAUUGGAGGACGAUUAUCCGUCGGCGGUUUGCUGGAUUUGUUUGAUGUCGUUGGAGGAAUUCCAGUGGUUCCGGGACCGGUGCCAGCGGUACGAUGUGCUGAUCCGCAGGAAACGUAAACUGAUGAUCGCCGACCGGGAAAAAGUUCCGAUACUGGUUGGAAAUCAUGGUUUUCCGGUCGUGGAGGAAGAUGAUGGGGAUUACGACGACGAUGACGAUGAAGAUGAACCGGAUGGACCCGUGCUACGGAUUUCAGCCGUUCAGGAAAAAUGUUCGUACUCUAGAGGAGGAAAGUUUGGUUGUGCCCCAAUCGUUCCAGCCCGCACCGGAGGAACAGGAUGUCAAGCCAAACGCAGAAGCGCUGGCAGCUUUUGCCGCUCAUUUCAUAUCCGGUGGGGAUGGAUCUCCCGCGUCCGAGGACGCCGAGAAACGGUUCCAGUGUAAUCUGUGCAGCAAAAGCUUCAAAAACAAGGCCAACCUGUGGGAACACAACCGUCUCCAUAAGGGCAAUCUCCCCUUCCCGUGCAAAGACUGCGGAACUGCAUUCAGCCGGACGAAAUCGCUAGAAACCCACCGAAAGAAGUACCACUCGAAGGACUCGACGGAGGACCCCCCGCUUCGGUUGCAGUGCCCGUUCUGUCCCCGGGUGUUCCCGCGCAAGGGCGAUCGCACCCAGCACAUAAAGAUGGGCCAUCCGGAUUUGUACGACAAGA